CGUGUCUUACAUGCAAUCAUGGGCCCCACUGACCUCUCUCCAGGCGACUGGUCAUCAUGCUCGCACAACAGCUCAUCGAGCACCUCUUGACCCCGCAGGGCGCUGCAUCCGCCCUGGUCGGUCUACUCGCCUUUUACUACAUCCUGCCCUAUCUCCAGACAUGGCGUCUGCGUGAUAUCCCGACCCCCUCAUUCGCCGCCUUCACCAACCUCUGGUUGCUCGUGCAAGCCCGUCAGGGUCGCCGGUUUGAGGCCGUUCACGAAGCCCACCAGAAGCAUGGCAAACUCGUCCGUAUCGCGCCCCGUCAUGUUUCCAUCGCCGACGAUGGCGCUAUCAACGCCAUCUACGGUCACGGCAAUGGCUUCCUCAAGGCUGACUUCUACGAUGCUUUCGUCUCCAUCCGUCGCGGUCUGUUCAACACCCGUGACCGUGCGGAGCACACGCGCAAGCGCAAGACGGUCUCCCACACCUUCAGUAUGAAGUCUAUCGGCCAGUUUGAGCAGUACAUCCACCACAACAUCGAGCUCUUCGCCACCCAGUGGACCAACCUGGCCAAGUCUCAGGGUAAUCCCAAGUCCGGCUAUGUCACCAUCGACGCCCUUAACUGGUUCAACUUCCUGGCCUUCGACAUCAUCGGGGAUCUGGCGUUCGGCGCCCCCUUCGGCAUGCUCCAGAAGGGCGAAGAUAUCGCCGAGAUGCGCAAGACCCCGGAAUCCGCCCCCAAGUACGUCCAGGCCGUCGAGGUGCUCAACCGCCGCGGUGAAGUCUCCGCCACCAUCGGCACCCUCCCUGCCCUGAAGCCCUUCGCCAAGUACAUCCCGGAUCGCUUCUUCAAGGACGGUAUGGAGGCUGUCGAGAACCUGGCCGGUAUCGCCGUCGCCCGUGUCAAUGAACGCCUGCGCCCCGAGGUCAUGGCCAACAACACCCGUGUCGAUCUGCUCGCCCGUCUGAUGGAAGGCAAGGACAGCACUGGCAACAAGCUGGGCCGCGAGGAACUCACUGCCGAGGCCCUGACCCAGCUGAUCGCCGGCUCCGACACCACCUCCAACACUGCCUGCGCCAUCCUCUACUGGUGCAUGCGCACCCCCGGCGUCAUCCCCACAUUGCAAAAGGUCCUGGAUGAGGAGCUGCCCGGCGAUAUCGACGUGCCCACCCACGCCAUGGUCAAGGAUAUUCCUUACCUCCAAUGGGUCAUCUGGGAAACCAUGCGCAUCCACAGCACCUCCGCCAUGGGUCUCCCCCGGGAGAUCCCCCCCGGAAGCCCCCCCAUCACCAUCUCCGGCCACGUCUUCCAAGCCGGCGACGUCGUCUCCGUCCCCAGCUACACCAUCCACCGCUCCACGGAGAUCUGGGGCCCCGACGCUGAGCAGUUCGUCCCCGACCGCUGGGAUCCCGCCCGUCUGACGCCUCGCCAAAAGGCCGCCUUCAUCCCCUUCAGCACGGGGCCCCGCGCCUGCGUCGGCCGCAACGUCGCCGAGAUGGAACUCCUCGUCAUGGCCGCUACCGUUUUCCGCCUCUUCGAGUUCGAAAUGCAGCAGGAUGGACCUAUGGAGACCCGCGAGGGCUUCCUCCGUAAGCCUCUGGGCUUGAUGGUCGGCAUGAAGCGUCGUCCUUCUACUCUGUAGUGGACACCGUCUACUUGACC